AUGGCAAUGAAGUCAUUUCACCCUCUGUGUUCUACGCAAUCGACAAGUACAUAUGUUCCAACUGCGGCAGAUUUUGUCUUUAGGAAAAUUUUAAGGCAGGCAGCUGCAGCCAUUUGCAAGCAAGCUGGAUUCGAAACUGUCGAAUCGCAAGUUUUGGAGUUAAUUUCACACAUGAUGAAUUCAUAUCUGUUGGAACUUGGAAUCUCAACAAGGCUGGUGACUGAAGUAGCAGGCAGGACAGUCUCUACACCAAGCGACACAUUAUUAGGGCUUAUCGAGUUGGGGGCGUCAGUUAUGGAACUACCGCCCUACCUAGCUAAAUGUCGAUCACAAGGAACAUUUUGCAUUGCUGCACCGAAAGUUUCGAACCCUUCUAAUGUACCAUCACCUUUAAGAGUAGGGAAUGCUCGGCCACACCAUCCUCACAUUCCUGACUCACUGCCGCCUUUUCCGGACCCACACACAUACAUUAGAACAGAGAUUGCUGGCGACCCAGAACUGACUUUUGAAAAAGUCAGGGAAGAUUCAGCACUGCUGAAGAGGAAUACAGAAGUUUCUCUUAGAGACUUUAUGCUCCGGAUUCACCCUUCCGUGUCUCUCUUUAGUGCAUAUGAAGAGCGAGUUCGGAAAGAGGCUGUAAUGCAGUUGGAGAGCCGUGCACGACAAAAAAAGGCGCGAAUUAGAGGUCGUAUGGCGCAGCUUGAGGCACAGCGUUUGAAUCAGGAACUUAAAAAUGCAGCAGAUCAAGAAAUGCCGGAGAUUUUUGAGACUAAUGAUGAACCUAUGCAGGCAGAUGAAAACGAGUUCUCCGGGGAUCUUGAUGACUUAAUCGCUGAAGAAAUGUUUGAAUUGGAUGAGACAGAAAAUUCUUUGGUUCGGCGAAAAGUUCCGGCUAUAUGUCAAAUUUUGGAACCAAGCCUCGACAGCCGUCCUUACUUAAGCGCUUUGCUGAGUGAUGAACUGGGCGAGGAGGGUAGCGAUCAGCCAGCAAGUCCUACUGCACCAACUCCACAUUCGGAUGGCCACAACACUAGUCAUAAUGGUGACGACGAAAAUACAACCGAAGGAAAUCCAUACCUUCGCCCUCCAAGAAUUGCAGUUGUAGCGGAAUUAGAGUCUAUGGAUUUUUAA